UCAAUGUCUAUGUAUUUCACUGUUUUCUCUCUCUGUAUUAUGGACAUGAAGCCGCCAUAUGGGGCCUCACCGUGCUCUUACGGUCAUGACUCGACGACUUAGUUGAGUCGGGGCUUUCAUUUAGGCAUAAAAAUACGUUGCCUUUUUCUUGCAAGUUUCCAUUAUUUUUCCUUGAAAACUGAAAACAAUCAUAACCUUUGAAUUUCAAACCAUCAUUUGCGGUGAAUUUUUGUAUCCAAGCUUGGUAUUUUCCAACUAAAAUUGGGUUUUUGUUUCUUUGAGCUGAAAAAGAACUGGCAACAAAAACAAGAACUUUUUUGUUUGUCUUUGAUAGGGUUUUAAAGUAAAUAAAGCCUGGUGGAGCUUGAGAAUUGGUCACCAAUGACGGUUUCUACAGCUUCUGGAGAAGCAAGUGCGUCUUCUUCGGGUAAUCAGAUUCAAGGCACUCAACCAACAGGAGGAGGACCACUGAAGAAGAAAAGAAAUCUUCCUGGGAUGCCAGAUCCAGAUGCUGAGGUAAUAGCUUUAUCUCCAAAAACCCUAUUAGCCACCAACCGGUUCGUUUGUGAGAUCUGCAACAAAGGCUUUCAACGCGAUCAAAACCUUCAACUUCACCGACGGGGCCAUAACUUACCAUGGAAGUUACGGCAAAGAACCAGCAAAGAAAUUCGAAAGCGAGUCUACGUGUGCCCUGAGCCAAGUUGCGUUCACCACAACCCAGCUCGAGCCCUCGGUGAUCUUACCGGUAUCAAGAAACACUUUUGCAGAAAACACGGGGAAAAGAAAUGGAAAUGCGAGCGGUGCUCUAAAAGAUACGCUGUUCAGUCCGAUUGGAAGGCCCACAUUAAGAUAUGCGGCACCCGGGAAUAUAAAUGCGAUUGUGGCACCAUCUUUUCUAGGAGGGAUAGUUUUAGGACGCAUAGAGCUUUCUGCGAUGCGUUAGCUGAGGAAAGACGCAUCGCAGAAAGCGCGAGGGCUCAAACGCUAGCGAUUGUUAAUACAAAAGGGAAUGGGAAAAAUGUGGUUGGAGGAGGAGCUGCUGCAACGUCGCCACCACCGCAACCUUUAACACCGUCUACUACUAGUAUAGUUUCACCGCGUUUGUCAAUCCAUAGUACAGAAAAUCCAAGGGGACUUUCAUCACCAACUCUAGCAGCAACUAGUACCUCUACUUCAAACAGCAAUGUUUUCGCUAGCAUAUUUGCGCCAAACUCCCAACCAGCCAAAAUACCAGCACCAUCUUCUAUCCUUCAAUCAACGGCACCCUUAGAGCGCACAUCCCUCUCUCUUUCCUCUCCUCUCUACCUCUCCAACAAUGGCUCCUUUAUCUUCACUGGACCUGAACAUGACCAUUGCCAUUAUUCUCCGUCUCCGCAACCAGCCAUGUCUGCUACUGCAUUGCUACAAAAGGCUGCCCAAAUGGGUGUUGCGGCAUCAAACCCUUCCCUUCUCCGUGGUCUAGGCUUGGCAGUAUCAUCAACUUCCGCUGCUGAUCAAGAACCUAAUGUUAAAUCAGAGAGCAAUUGGGGGACAGCUGGUCUUGGCCUUGGCCUUCCCUCAAAUGGUAGUUCUGGCUUGACUAAUCCCAUGAUUGGCUCAUCCUCGCUGUUUGGAAACAAGCCUACUACGCUCGAUCUUCUUGGCCUUGGCAUGGAUGAUGGUGGAGCUUCCUCAAAUGGACUGUCUACUUUGCUCACUUCCUUUGGAGGUACCUUCGAUGUUGGAGCGGGAGGGAGUUCGCCUAGAGAAACAUCGGAAGGUGCACCUGAGAGAAAAUCCAACAGCCCAGCCAUGCUUUAAAGGCAAAGGAAUUGACAAAAAAAUAAAGGUUACCCCAUUUGUUUUUCCAAUCAUUUUCGUCUAUUUUUCGACCCUAGUGCUUAGAACUGAGAGAAGGAUAUUAGUGUUAGACAUUAGUUUUGGCUUUACUUUUGUUGGUACUGCCUUUUAAAGUUAGUUUCCCUUUGAUGUAAAGUUUAAUUAUUUAAAAAUCUCGGAGAUAUCACUCAGGGAAAAGGUUGUACAGGAACUACUGUAGUUAGCAUAUAGCAUAUGUAGCAAAAAAUAUGAUGCUACUAUUUACAGUUAUUUCUUUUUUUUUGUUUCCCUUGAUUGUUGUUUCACUUCCAAGUUCCAACCUGACCGCCCAGACAGGGUUCAGUUUACCAAAAAUUGACUGAACAUAAAACACUUAAAACAAUUUGCCAACUUCAGUUAAAACCCAAUUUAAGUUUGAAAAUGACUUUUUGAGUGGAAGAUGACGGUGCAUAUAUGCCAUUGUGAUAAACUAUAAGUGAACCGUUGGUCAAACUAAGGGGGG